AUGCCGUCUCCAAACCAGUUCCGGAAACCGGAAGGUACCGCCUACCAGGAUAUUAGUGGCACAUUCAGCAUCAUUGUUGAGCUUGUAAUGGUGGUCGUAAACUUCCUGCCACUUGUUGUUAUCAUCAAAUGGAAGAAAUAUCGGGAACGAACUACCACAGAUGAUAUUGUUAUCGUUCUUAGUGUUUCAUACAUUGUAUCUGUCCUAGUGCCUACUCCACUCGGACACAUCAGCUACUUUCAACAGAAAUGGUAUGGCGGAAAAUCUAGUUGUAAUUUCUAUCAAGUGACAAGCACUUGGUUUCGUCUGACGUCUCUCUUUCUUGUCACUCUACUCUGCCUCGACAAAUCCUGUGCCAUUUAUCUGUACAGAGCUCACAACUUUACAGCGAGGUAUCACGGCAAGUUAAAAAUUGCUGUAAGUGUGGCAGUGAUUUUAUUAUUCACUCUAUUCGUGUCAUGCUUACCUGUGAUGGGUUUCGGACCAGAUUCAUCCACCGAUACCCGUUGUGAAUCAUGGAUUAGUGCUUCACCGAAAAAAGGGCGGGAACAUUUAUUUUCGUAUUUAUUUUUAUUCUGUGGAUUUGGGAACUUUCUGUGUGUGUUUAUAACGAAUUUUUACAUGUCAUGGAGUUUGAGAAAAUUAAAGAAAAAUUUAUAUACAGGGGAUCGGUACAGAUCCACUUCAAGCCAAAGUGCUGUGAGAUGGCAGAUAGAGGGUAUUGUCGUAUUGCAUGGCGUAAAAAUGGUUAUGGCAGUGUCAGUGCUUCUAUACAUCACGUGGUUUCCUACAAUGGUUCUGAUCACCCUUCGGAAAGUUGGGCUAAAGAUAAGCGACAUAUCCGUCCUGUACGCUCUACUCAGUACAUCAUUGUCUGGACUCCUCAACCCAAUUAUCUUCGGUCUGUUCGAUAAAUCCUACCGACACGGUUACAAGAAAAUACUCAAAUCUAUCAAAUUCAGCUGCAGAUGCAAAAAAGGAGAAUUUCAACAAAUACAAGCCGUAUCAUCGGAUCCCAGCGUGCCUAGAUCGGCUUCUGAUGCUGUUCAGCUUUCCGCAAACAACUACCGAGAUCCUCUUCAUCAUUCCGCAUCAACAGGCACUUCCGCUUCCGGACUUAACAAUGCUGCAUUUUGUGAUGUGACGCCACACAGUCUGGAAGACAGCGAGAGAAAAGCAGAAAACAGUGCUCUUUUGAAAUACAUAGGUUCGGACAAAGGCAGAAAAGACAACGAAAGAACAGGUCUGCUUGAGAACUCCUCUUAUUUCGCGUCGUCAUCAGCUUUCGGAGGACCAGCUGACCCCGAUAAUGAUUCCCAUUCAUCGUCAUCAUCGCUCUUGUCAUCGAUAUGUGAUUCCCAAGACGAUAGAUCCUACUCUUCUAGUGAAGAGGACGACGACGACUAUGUUGAAUAUGACGAAUCUGUGGUAGAGGAAAGUACAAUGUAG